AUGCCCGGAUGCCUUCCGGACCACAUCUCCCAGGAUGCCCUGCGGCCCCUCGGCCACCUGGCUGCGUCGAGCGGAGUGACCAAUCCCCGAGAAGCUCCGAAAGGCGGUGCCACCUCCACGCCUCACCUACCGCCCGGGGCACCCGGGGCGGCGACUACCACUCCCAUAAGCCCCGGUGGACGGGCGCCGCUGGCCACCAUUUCAAGGCUCCGCAGGGGUGGGCGAGGGCCCGGAUCCCGCUUCCCGGCAGGCAGUGCGGCCGCGGGCGGAACUCCAUUUCCCAGCAGCCUCCAGGCGGCGGGCGCCGCGGUGCCUUGUGUGGGAUGUAAGCGCGGAGAGCAUCCCAUUCUACGAUGGGACGACGACGUGGUGCGCCUGUUCGCCGCCGAGCUGGGCCGCGAGGAGCCGGACCUGGUGCUCCUCUCCCUGGUUCUGGGCUUCGUGGAACAUUUCCUAGCUGUCAACCGCGUCAUCCCCACCAACGUGCCCGAGCUCACCUUCCAGCCCAGCCCCGCGCCCGACCCUCCCGGCGGCCUCACCUACUUCCCGGUUGCCGACCUGUCCAUCAUCGCCGCGCUCUAUGCUCGCUUCACCGCCCAGAUCCGAGGUGCCGUCGACCUGUCUCUGUACCCCCGGGAGGGCGGCGUCUCCAGCCGAGAGCUGGUGAAGAAGGUCUCCGAUGUCAUCUGGAACAGCCUCAGCCGCUCCUACUUCAAGGAUCGGGCCCAUAUCCAGUCCCUCUUCAGCUUCAUCACAGGCACCAAACUGGACAGCUCCGGUGUGGCCUUUGCUGUGGUGGGGGCCUGCCAGGCUCUGGGUCUCCGGGAUGUCCACCUGGCCCUGUCUGAGGACCACGCCUGGGUUGUGUUUGGGCCCAAUGGAGAGCAGACAGCUGAGGUCACCUGGCAUGGCAAGGGCAAUGAGGACCGAAGGGGCCAGACAGUCAACGCGGGUGUGGCUGAGCGGAGCUGGCUGUACCUGAAAGGAUCAUACAUGCGCUGUGACCGCAAGAUGGAGGUGGCAUUUAUGGUGUGCGCCAUCAACCCUUCCAUUGACCUGCACACAGACUCCCUGGAGCUGCUGCAGCUGCAACAGAAACUGCUCUGGCUGCUCUAUGACCUGGGACAUCUGGAAAGGUACCCCAUGGCGCUGGGGAACCUGGCAGAUCUGGAGGAGCUGGAGCCCACCCCUGGCCGGCCAGACCCACUCACCCUUUACCACAAGGGCAUUGCCUCAGCCAAGACGUACUACCGGGAUGAGCACAUCUACCCCUACAUGUACCUGGCUGGCUACCACUGUCGCAACCGCAAUGUUCGCGAAGCCCUGCAGGCCUGGGCCGACACGGCCACUGUCAUCCAGGACUACAACUACUGCCGGGAAGACGAGGAAAUCUACAAGGAGUUCUUUGAAGUAGCCAAUGAUGUCAUCCCCAACCUGCUGAAGGAGGCAGCUAGCCUGCUGGAGGCUGGCGAGGAGCGGCCGGGGGAGCAGACCCAGGGCACCCAGAGCCAGGGGUCUGCCCUCCAGGACCCAGAGUGCUUCGCCCAUCUGCUCCGGUUCUACGAUGGCAUCUGCAAAUGGGAAGAAGGCAGCCCCACGCCCGUGCUGCACGUGGGCUGGGCCACCUUCCUUGUGCAGUCCCUGGGGCGUUUCGAAGGACAGGUGCGGCAGAAGGUGCGGAUAGUGAGCCGGGAGUCAGAGGCCGCUGAGGCCGAGGAGCCCUGGGGCGAGGAAGCCCGGGAGGGCCGGCGGCGAGCAGUGCUCACUUUCCAGAGCGAGAAGAUGAAGGGCAUGAAGGAGCUGCUGGUGGCCACCAAGAUCAACUCGAGCGCCAUCAAGCUGCAGCUCACCGCGCAGUCGCAGGUGCAGAUGAAGAAGCAGAAGGUGUCUACGCCCAGCGACUACACGCUCUCCUUCCUCAAGCGGCAGCGCAAGGGCCUCUGAGCGGCACCCGGGACUCGCAGCCAGUCCCCGGAGCCGGUCCGCAGUCCCGUCUAGGCCCCGCCCAGCUCCCUCCGC